AUGGCUCGCGCACUUCGCAAAAACCCCCUGAGGUUGUGGGAAAGACUUUACCUUCUCGCUCACCUGCUCACGAUUGACGCCGCCCACCUGUGUCUCAACCUCGUCACCUGCGUCGGUCUCGCCGUCCUCCGGGGCAUUCCCAUCCGCCACUACUUCAAAGUUGCCUACAACCGCUUCGCUCUCGGCCGUCUCUCUCCGCGCGAGAUCCAGCAUCUGAGCCCGUCCACCGCCACCAUCUACCGCAAAUGGAUCGCCUCCACCCGCUCCGCCGCCCAAGCCCGCCUCGACUCCGGCCAAGGAAACCCCGAUGACCAGUACAUCCUGGACCACCUAAUCGCCAACGAAGAAAUCCUUUCCGACGGCCAGUCCUCCAUCCUCUGGGUCGGUGACCGCCGUCGCGCCUCCAAGUUCGUCCUCUUCUUCCACGGCGGCGGCUACAUCGCCCCCAUGCAGGAUGGCCAUCUCGAGUGGUGUCUUCGGUCUUACCUCUUGACCAAAGGACGCCGCGAAGGACAGUAUGUUGCGGUAGCCGUGCUGCAGUACACCCUCGCCCCCGAAGCCCGCUACCCGACCCAACUCGCGCAGGCCGCCGACGCCCUGGUGUACCUCCUCAAGCUAGGCGUUCGCCCCUGCGACCUGGUCAUCGGCGGCGACUCGGCCGGCGGGAAUCUCGCUUCCCAGAUCAUGAGCCACUUGUUGCACCCCCACCCGGACGCCAGGGAGAUUCCUCUUCCGCACGGGGAGCGGAUUGCCGGAGUGUUUGCUGUCAGCCCCUGGGUUAGUGCGAGGACAAAUGACCGGAGCAUGAGCGAUAACGCCUUCAUCGACAUGCUUUCGCCGGGCAUCAUGGAGAAGGCGAAUCAUGAGCUUUUGGGGAACCAUGAGAAGUAUAAUGCGGAGAAGAAGAGGGGCCAGGGGUGGGCGAUGCCGGCGGAUGUGAAUACCGGUGCGUGGUAUAAGGGGCUUGGGAAGUUUUUGGAGAGGUUGUAUGUCACGGUGGGAACGCAGGAGGUUUUUAGGGACCAGAGCGUGGUGUUGGCCGAGGGCAUCAGGAGGACGAAUCCUGAUAUCGAGGUGGUGUUGGAGGAGAGGUGGGAUGAGGCGCAUGAUUUCAUCUUGUUGGAGGGCGGGAGGAAGGAGGACGGGAGUGCCACGAGGCGGAUGAGGAGAUGGGUUGAGGGCGUGUUUUGGUAA